GAGCGCGGCCGCCUGGGGCUUGGAGGCUGCAGGCCGCGUCCAGGCAGAACUGCCCGCUUGACUCCGGUGCCGCCGUGCCGCCCGCGCGAGCGCUCCUAUCCACAAUGCUGCGGCGAGGCUGCCAGGCAGUCCGGCGCUUCUCCACCAGCCGGGUUUAUUUCAAAAACAAGCUGAAAUUGGCCCUUAUUGGUCAAAGCCUUUUUGGACAGGAAGUCUACAGCCACCUCUGCAAAGAGGGCCAUCGAGUCGUAGGGGUGUUCACAGUUCCAGACAAGGAUGGAAAAGCUGACCCCCUGGCUUUGGCUGCAGAGAAAGAUGGAACCCCUGUGUUCAAGUUCCCUCGAUGGAGAGCCAAGGGCAAGACCAUAAAGGAGGUGGCAGAGGCCUACAGAUCCGUGGGUGCUGAGUUAAACGUGCUUCCAUUCUGCACUCAGUUCAUCCCCAUGGAUGUAAUUGACAAUCCAAAGCAUGGUUCCAUCAUUUAUCAUCCGUCCAUCCUUCCCAGGCACAGAGGAGCCUCUGCUAUCAACUGGACUCUAAUUAUGGGAGAUAAGAAGGCUGGGUUUUCUGUAUUCUGGGCAGAUGAUGGUUUAGACACAGGACCCAUCCUUCUUCAGAGGUCAUGUGAUGUUGAACCGAAUGAUACAGUGGAUGCACUUUAUAAUCGAUUUCUUUUUCCUGAAGGAAUCAAAGCCAUGGUGGAAGCUGUCCAACUCAUAGCCGAUGGAAAAGCUCCUCGGAUUCCCCAGACAGAAGAAGGGGCAACAUACGAAGGUAUCCAGAAAAAGGAAAAUGCUGAGAUUUCUUGGGAUCAGUCUGCUGAAGUUUUACAUAACUGGAUCCGAGGUCAUGAUAAAAUUCCUGGAGCUUGGACAGAGAUAAAUGGACAGAUGGUCACAGUCUAUGGCUCAUCGUUACUGACUAGCUCCGUGCCUCCUGGAGAACCACUGGAAAUCAAAGGUGCCAAGAAGCCUGGUCUUGUUACCAAAAACGGACUUGUUCUUUUUGGUAACGAUGGAAAAGCACUGAUGGUGAGAAAUCUGCAGUUUGAAGAUGGAAAAAUGAUUCCUGCCUCUCAGUACUUUUCAACAGAUGAGACCUCAGUGUUAGAACUUACAGCUGAGGAGGUGAAGGUGGCAGAGACCAUCAAGGUCAUCUGGGCUGGAAUUCUAAGCAACGUCCCUGUCAUCGAAGACUCAACAGACUUUUUUAAAUCUGGAGCAAGCUCAAUGGAUGUUGUCAGCUGUAUAAAACAGGUUUCAAAGGAGGUCAAUGAAAUGACAGUAAAAAUGCCAUAUCAGUGUUUCAUAAAUGGACAGUUCACAGAUGCUGAUGAUGGAAAGACUUACGACACUAUCAACCCAACAGAUGGCUCUGGUUCUACAAUUCCCAUCAACCAGGCCCGUCCAAAUCGCAAUCUGACCUUCACCAAGAAGGAGCCACUUGGGGUCUGUGCCAUCAUCAUUCCCUGGAACUACCCGCUGAUGAUGUUGGCGUGGAAGAGUGCCGCCUGCUUGGCAGCAGGCAAUACCUUAGUGCUGAAGCCAGCCCAGGGCAUGGGAGCAGUAUUUUUCAACAAAGGAGAAAACUGUAUUGCAGCUGGGCGGUUGUUUGUGGAAGAAUCCAUCCAUGAUGAAUUCGUGACAAGAGUGGUAGAAGAAAUUAAAAAGAUGAAAAUCGGUGAUCCACUUGACAGAUCUACUGAUCAUGGGCCCCAAAAUCAUAAGGCCCAUCUGGAAAAGCUUCUGCAAUACUGUGAAACUGGAGUAAAAGAGGGAGCCACCUUGGUGUACGGGGGAAGGCAAGUCCAAAGGCCAGUCUCUGCUGAAGAAAGAGAUGCCAACGAAUUCACGCAUCCCAUACACAACGGACUGUCCAAAACUUCUAUCUUGCCUUUUCCAUCUUCCGAAUGUGGCAGCUUAAUGUUAUCUACGGUGACUUCAGAAGAGGUGUUCUCAUCGUCAUCCUCAGAUUCUGAACUGUCCUCUGAAUCCUCUUCUGAACUGUCCUCUUCUUUUGAAUCAGACGGAUUCAUCUCAAACAAGGCUACAUCCUGCAAAAAACACCAAGUACCCGAGUCCGCCAGAGUGAUCUACAUUUACCACAAGUACGAGACCNCAGGGGUUUUUACCAGAGACAUAAAUAAAGCGAUGUACGUGAGUGAAAAGCUAGACGCGGGAACUGUUUUCAUUAACACGUACAACAAGACAGACGUGGCAGCCCCUUUUGGUGGAGUUAAACAAUCUGGCUUUGGAAAAGAUUUAGGCUUUUUUAUGGAACCGACUGUCUUCACCGAUGUGGAAGACCACAUGUACCUUGCCAAAGAGGAAUCCUUUGGGCCCAUUAUGGUCAUUUCUAAAUUCCAAAAUGGGUAUGUUCUUCAGGCACAAUUUAACAAGUUUUGA